CCUAGUCCUAAGCAAUUUUUGCGGACCUUUCCCACAGUAACGCCGGGUUGAUGCUGCUACCAUUGCUAGAAAAUCUAGCUAGCUGAUUGGAGAGGUUGUUUCGGUGGAAAGAAGUUUGGCAAGUGGGAAAAGUAGCCUGCUUGCUAACUGGCUAUUUAGCUAUCAACACCUCUCAAACACAAGCACAAGCAAACAUUACGAUGGCGUCUCUUGGUAGCUCGGGCUCCGCUUCAAGCCCUAUGGUCAUUUUGGCUCCUAAAACCAAGACCAAGAAGAAACAUUUUGUACAACAGAAGGUGGAGGUAUUUCGAGCCAGCGAUCCGGUGCUUAGUGUACUUAUGUGGGGAGUCAAUCACUCGAUCAAUGACCUCAGCCAGGUGCCAGUUCCUGUAAUGUUGCUCCCUGAUGACUUCAAAGCAAAUAUUAAGAUUAAAGUCACUAACCACCUCUUCAACAAAGAGAAUCUUCCGGGACAUUUCAAGUUUAAGGAGUACUGCCCGCAGGUCUUCCGCAACCUCCGAGAACGCUUUGGGAUCGAAGAUUUGGAUUAUCAGGUCUCUCUGGCACGCAGCCCCCCUGUUAGGGGUGGGGAGGGCCAGGAUGAGGGGCUGCUCAUGACCUCUUAUGACCGCACGCUGGUGGUCAAGCAGAUCUCCAGUGAGGAAGUGGAGGACAUGCACAACCUCCUGUCUGAGUAUCACCAGCACAUUGUGACGUGCCACGGCAGCACUCUGCUCCCUCAGUUCCUGGGCAUGUACCGCGUCAGCGUUGACAGCGAGGACACCUACAUCAUCGUCAUGAGGAACAUGUUCAGCCACCGGCUUGUUGUGCACACAAAGUAUGACCUGAAGGGCUCCCUGGUUUCUCGGGAAGCGAGCGAUAAAGAGAAGGUGAAGGAGCUGCCCACCUAUAAGGACGUGGACUUCCGGAACAACUUGCAGAAGGUGUACGUCAGCGAGGAGGAGAAGGACCGCGUCAUGGAGAAGCUCAACAGGGACGUGGAGUUCCUGGUGAAGCUGAGGAUCAUGGGCUACAGCCUGCUGCUGGGGAUCCACGACGUGGCCCGGGCCGAGCGCGAGGAGGAGGAGCUGGAGGAGUCUUCGUACGAGGAGGAGGCGGAGCCCGAGAACGGCCAGGUGCCCGCGCCCACCGUGGGCUCGUACGGGACGUCCCCCGACGGCAUUGCCGGGUACCUGAGCUCGUACAGGCCCCUGGGCCCCGGGGAGUUUGAGCCCUACGUGGACAUGUACGCUGUGAAAAGUGCACCAGGUGCCCCCCAGAGGGAGGUGUACUUCAUCGGCCUGAUCGACGUGCUGACGCAGUACGACACCAAGAAGAAGGCGGCGCACGCGGCCAAGACGGUCAAACACGGGGCCGGAGCGGAGAUCUCCACGGUCCACCCGGAGCAGUACGCCAAGCGGUUCCGCGAAUUCAUCGCCACCAUCUUUGCGUAGCAGCCGCAUGGACCGUCCCUCCCACCGACACACCCGUCUCUUUCUGCUCCUCCGCACUCUAUCUCAGAAAGUACACAAAUUAAACAAAUACCGCCAUUAAACGCCGACCAAAUGGAGCUGGCUAGGGUCAACGCAUAGAAGCGAUUUUCUAUUUAUGUUAUCUUACGGAUAUGUAUUUAUUGAUGAUGUCAUGAAACAAUCAUAUACUGACACAGAUCCCUUUUGCUUUGCCUCAAGAGGGCAUAUAGUCCAGCAAGAUCAAUGUCUUGUGGAAAAAUGUUGUAUUUGAUUUGUUCAGUGAAUCCAACUUGAUGAAAAGCCCAGUUGAGCAAUCUGAGAAGUCAGCUGAUCUCAUGGGCGACUAGGAACAGUCUUUGUGACAUCAUCAAGUGGACUGGACAGAGUAGUCUGUAGUGGCAUAGUCGACUAGAUAUUUCUUUCUCUGUCCAUUGCAGUUCUGGUGAAAACAAACCAGUGUGAUCAGUAAUUAAAAGUCAUUGCUGGAGAAUUUAGUUUUCUCCAAACUUUCUCAAGAAAAUUCAAGAACGAACCACAAACCGUGUAAGACCACCAUGUUCAAAUGGUCAUAUUUCAAGUGUAGAUGAUUAACAAGUAGAAAUAAAUUAUGAAGGAUUCUGUCAACUAAUGUAGACAUGAAGGACACAUUAGACCAUAUGCCUUACGAUUGUUGUGCAAUAUUCAAGGAUCGGACCAAAUAUAUUUUACACAAAUUUUCUGAA